CCAUCCUUCCUCUGCCGGGAUGUACUGAGGAGAAGGGGGAAGGCUCUCUCUGUUCUCUCUCUCUCCCCCUUUUCUUCCAAGCCCUCCACUCUUGGACUGGGUCCCCAGAGUCCCGAGGCUCCAGGGAGCGAAGUCACCUGGCGAAGGAAGUGCCUGACAUAAAUCAUUCUUUGGCCAUGGAUGUGUUCAUGAAAGGAUUUAAUAAAGCCAAGGAUGGAGUUGUGGCCGCAGCAGAGAAAACCAAGCAGGGUGUGGCAGAAGCAGCAGGGAAAACAAAAGAAGGUGUCCUUUAUAUGGGUUCAAGGACAAGGGAUGGAGUUGUUCAUGGAGUCACAACAGUGGCUGAAAAGACCAAAGAGCAAGUCUCAAAUGUUGGGGGAGCCGUAGUGACUGGAGUAACAGCUGUAGCACAAAAGACGGUGGAAGGUGCUGGAAAUAUUGCUGCAGCCACGGGUUUUGUCAAGAAGGACCAGAUGGCCAAGCAGAAUGAAGGGUUUCCUCAAGAAGGAAUGCUGGAUAACACAGACAUGCCAGGAGACCCUGAAAAUGAAGCCUACGAAAUGCCUCCAGAGGAGGAAUACCAGGACUAUGAACCUGAAGCAUAAAUCCCGCUCUCUUUCUUCUGUCUCCUUAACAAAGACAUCCUGUCCUGUACAAGUGCUGAGUUCCAAUGUGCCCAGUCGUAAACUAUUUUUAUAGUUUCUACAGUGUCUUUUGAAGUCUUCCAUCAGCAAUGAUCGGAACAUCUGUAACUGUGUCCAGUUUUCAUUUCAGUAAUAUCCCUUACCUCUGAAAUGAAAGUUUGGGUCUCAGAGCCAUUGUUGUUGUGUGGAUAUUGUGGCUUCAACUUCUAAAAAGUUUGAGAACAAGUUUUAAAAAACACCUAAGUGUCUACUCCUUAUUUGUAAAGCUGUACAUGUUUUGUUGACAGAUUGUCAGUACUUUUAGUAUUGUUUACAAUAAUUUUUUUAAUGUUUCUGAUGAUUACUCUUUUCUGUCUAAGGAUGACAUUA